GUUUCCUGUGUGCCUUGUUGACAUGCGCGGUAGCGGAGCGCAUGCGCAGUGUGCGUGGGUUUGGGUAGUGACAGCUAGCCGCUGAGGCGAGAGACAUGGACAGUGCUGAGGACGCAGCUCAAAGGCCUUCCACUCUAGAUCUCGCAGGAAUAGAGGACGACGUAAACGCAGCCCGUGCUUCCUCAGACGCCGCCGAUAUGAGCGGCCUUCCCACCGUUGCAGACGCUCUCUUCCAGGAGGAGACCAUUGACCUGGACGUGGAAGCGUUCGUCUCUCCUCAGGACGACAGCGCCGCUUCCGGGAGCGUCACGGAUAAGCUGAAUGAUCAGAUGAUGGAGAGCGUCAUGAUCUCUGAUUCUCCCAAUAGCGAGGAGGAGGACGUCCCCAUCGACUGUCUGUUGGAGCACACAGAUGACAAGGAGUCUCUUAACUCCAAAGAGCCCGAGGAGGACAAAGUGAAAGAGGAAAAGACAGAGGCUGGAAGUGAACAGACCACACCUGAUGUUGCUGUUGAACCUGAGACACCUCCAGCUUUAGUUGAGAAAGAGAAGACAGAGGACAGUCAUGGGGACGGCACAGAGGACGAUGUUACAGCCAUGACACACACUCCAGGCACCCCCAAAGCUAAAGCCACAGAGCUGGAAGACGCCAAUCCUGUGAUUAAGGACGAGCCUAUUCCAGUGUGCACGAUUUUCAGCCAAGGGGUGCAGAAUAAAGCCCAGUCGCUGGUGCCUGAUGGAUUUCAGCCCACUUUGGUCAAAUCCCCGAGCUUUACAACAGGCCAUAAUGAAACUCCCAGUAAACUAGCUCCCCUGGUGUCUCAGCCCAGUCCCAGCCUCAGUAAAUUCUUCACCGAUAACGGCACUGUUAACCCUGCCUCGGACUUCUUUGACUCCUUCACCACGUCCUCGUCUUUUAUUUCGGUCAGCAACCCAAACGCAGAGUCUCCGACGUCCCCGGCCCCUCGUGAGCGCCAGCUGUCCUCGGGCGGCCUACUUCCAGACGGAGGCACCGCAGGGACUUACUUCGGUCCCGCUCCCCACGAAAGCACAGCGAGACCCGGGACGGGGCCUGCAGAGCCCGCGAUGAACAUCACCAAGCUACAGGCGGUGUUCUCAGGCAGCGAUGAUCCGUUUGCGAGCGCUUUGAGUAUGAGUGAGGUGGACAGACGCCACGACGCCUGGCUUCCCUCUGAGGAGACACGGAGAGUGCUGAUCUCUGUAGCUACGCAGCAGGUCAACCCUGUGCACGUCGACAGGGACAAGCUGUCCAUGCCCGGACUCAAGUUCGACAAUCUCCAGGGUGAUGCAGUAAAGGACCUGAUGCUGCGUUUCCUUGGCGACCAGGCAGCGACCAAGAGGCAGGUUCUCACAGCUAACUCUGUGGAGCAGAACUUCCUGGGUCUCAAGCAGCUGAUCGCCACAAAAAACUGGAGGGCAGCCGUAGACCUGACGGGGAGACUGCUGACGGCUCACGGACAAGGCUACGGCAAGAGCGGCCAGCCGAGCGCCCAUACCGCCGACACGCUGCAGUUAUGGUUUGUGCGUCUGGCACUGUUGGUUAAGCUCAACCUCUUCCAAAAUGCCGAGCUGGAGUUUGAGCCGUUUGGUUAUCUGGACCAGCCGGACCUGUACUACGAGUACUACCCUACGGCGUACCCUGGGAGACGAGGUUCGAUGGUGCCGUUCUCUAUGCGUGUGCUGCAUGCUGAACUGCCUCAGUACCUAAACAAGCCCCAGGAGUCUCUGGACCGCCUGCACAGCAUGAAAAGCAUCUGUCAGAAAAUCUUGACCAACCUGGAGGAAGGACUGGCCGAGGACGGGAGCAUGGUGACGCUCACACAGGAAAACAGACAAGCCUCUAUUCAGCUGUGGAGGUCACGUCUGUGCCGGGUGAUGUACUCCAUGGCAAACUGUCUGCUAAUGAUGAAGGACUAUGUGCUGGCUGUUGAGACGUAUCAGUCCAUUAUCCAGUACGAGCCACAGCAAAGAGUGCAGCUGUUGAGUGGGAUCGGACGCAUCUUUCUACAGAUUGGAGACAUCAGAACUGCAGAGAAGUAUUUCCAGGAAGUGGAGAAAGUCGGUCAGGAAAAAGGACCAGGCCUCACCCACGACACUGCUAUUUCAAUGAACAGGGCAUUUGUGUACCUGAGCCAGAAUAAUUAUGCCGACGCCCACACGUGUUUCUCCAGCGUCUUGAAAAUCGAUCCCAACAAUCCUGUGGCGAAUAACAAUGCAGCGGUGUGCUUACUGUAUUUGGGCCGUCUAAAGGAGUCUCUGGGUCAGCUGGAGAGCCUGGUGCAGCAGGACCCUGCACUCUACCUGCACGAGAGCGUGCUCUUCAACCUGACCACCAUGUACGAGCUGGAGUCCUCACGCAGCACACAGAAGAAACAGGCUCUGCUGGAGGCCGUGGCCGGGCGCGAGGGCGACAGCUUUAACACCCAGUGCCUCAAACUAGUGUAACUGAUCACCAGGAGUGAGGUAGAUGACUGUAUCACUGCUCUGUGUGUCACGGGCUCGUCUAAGAGACUCAAGCUGAAACUCUACUGGGUUUAUAUCUGAAGGUUUUUGUUUUUUCUUAAAACUUUGAUUGUUUUAUGUGUGACCAAAAUCAAAACUGGCCUGAAAUGUACACUGACCUGUGUGUGUAUUUAUACUUAAGUGUGCAUGAUGCAUUUAAAACUCUUACCCCAAUAUUUUUAUAACAUCAUGUUGCAGGAGAAUGUAAAUAGAGGGAGAAUAAAAGAGACAGUCAUGUAAAUAUUUAGCGUAUGUACAGGAGAUAGAGUGUGUGUGUGAGUGGUACAUAGCCUUAUAGGAAGAGAAAAAUAACAAAAUAAAAGCAUCGUCAGGGAGGACGGCUCCCUGAUUGAUUUCAUA